UAUAAAGUUUACUUCUCUUCUCUCCCUCUCUACCUCUUCUUUUAUCCAUUUACUUAUUAAUGUUUCUAAAAAUUUGCAAAACCCUUGAUAAAAUAAACUUUUGAUUCCAUCACAAACCCUGUAUUAAUAUCACCAUUAUGCACCCAUAUGCCCAAAACUUUCGCAACACUCAACCCUAACAAAUUUUUUUUUUAUAAUUCUUUAUUGUUUUCUGUUCUUCUGGGGUUUCUUAGAGAAAGUGAUUAUGUGUUUAAUGUGUUUGUUGGGAGAUGUGUCAGAAACAUCAAGGAGACGAACAACAACAAUAAGGAACCCUAUUAAAUGUUGUCUUUUGAAUUACUCAUCAAGAAGAAGAAAACAACAGCACAUCAGAUGUUUUCUUCAUCAUCAUAGUCCGCACCAAGUUUCAUUCAAGUCCAUUACCAUGUUUUCUUCUAGCUUCCUCAGAUUGGUUCUAUUACUAUGUCUUGUCUCUUCUUCCUUCUCCACCGCUUCUCCCUCAAAUUCUACUGCCGCCGAUCAAACUCUCAGGCCGCAAGAAGAGCUCCAGAAGCUGAAACUGAUUAGACAAGAACUCCAAAAGAUCAACAAGCCUGCCGUCAAAACCAUUCAGAGCUCAGAUGGAGAUACAAUAGAUUGUGUUUUGUCUCAUCAGCAACCUGCUUUCGAUCAUCCUCUCUUACAGGGACAGAGACCAAUGGAUCCACCUGAGCUCCCCAAAGGAUACGUCAAAGAUGAAGACUCCUACGAAGAUUCUCAACUAUGGAGUUUAUCCGGCGAGUUUUGCCCGGAAGGCACAAUUCCGGUAAGAAGAACAACGGAACAAGACAUGCUAAGAGCAAGUUCUGUUCGGAGAUUUGGUCGGAAAAUCAGGCGCGUGAGGAGAGAUUCCUCAAGUAACGGACACGAACAUGCGGUGGGAUACGUAUCCGGGAGACAAUACUACGGAGCUAAAGCAAGUAUUAACGUGUGGUCGCCACGUGUUGCUAGCCAACACGAGUUCAGUCUUUCUCAGAUUUGGGUUAUCGCCGGUUCUUUCACUCACGAUCUUAAUACCAUCGAAGCCGGUUGGCAAAUUAGUCCUGAGCUAUACGGAGAUACAUACCCAAGAUUCUUUACCUAUUGGACGUCCGAUGCAUACCGAUCGACGGGUUGCUACAAUUUAUUGUGUUCCGGUUUUGUUCAAACCAACCGUAGAAUCGCGAUAGGAGCUGCGAUUUCUCCUAGAUCUUCGUAUAGAGGUGGACAAUUCGAUAUAAGCUUAUUGAUCUGGAAGGAUCCCAAGCACGGUCACUGGUGGCUACAAUUCGGGUCGGGUACAUUAGUCGGUUACUGGCCAGCGUUUCUAUUCACGCAUCUAAAGCAACAUGGGAGCAUGGUCCAGUUCGGAGGCGAGAUUGUGAAUACCCGACCUGGUGGUUCACACACUUCGACCCAAAUGGGCAGUGGCCAUUUUGCCGGUGAAGGUUUUGGUAAAGCAUCGUAUUUCCGGAAUCUCCAAGUGGUUGAUUGGGACAAUACUCUUCUGCCCGCUUCGAAUCUAAAGAUUCUCGCUGAUCAUCCCAAUUGUUAUGAUAUAAGAGGUGGGACGAAUCGUGUGUGGGGUAACUAUUUUUAUUAUGGAGGUCCAGGAAAAAACCCUAGAUGUCCAUGAAGAAUCAGGAAACGUACGUUACUAUUAUUCUUUACAUGUAGUGGCUUAAUGAUUUUUGAGAUUAGAAAGGAAUUUACAAGUAUCUUUGGGGCUAGGUGUGUUUGCAAAUAUCAUGUGGAUGAAUUUAUCACCACGAGGGCACUUUGUUUUUGUUUUUGUUUUUUCACAGAUGGUAAGUAUAAAGUUGGGCAGUGUUAUAUUUUUUGUUUGUCUUAUUUUUAGGAAAUUGUGAUAUUUUACGGAUUUUGUAAUGUGUAAAUGUAGACUAUUCAUAAGACAGAAUGUUGUAUUGUCAUGUCGUA